AUGGUGAACAAACUGGUUGCUCUCCUUUUUCUGUUUGGAUCUCUUCAUGCAGACGAUACUUGUGAAGAAAUUACAGCACCAAUGUGUAAGAAUUUCGGAUAUACUUUGACCAAGUUCCCUAACAGUUUCGGUCACGAAAAACAGGAUGACGCUGGACACGAAAUACACCAGUUUAGUCCAUUAGUACAGACCGGAUGCAGUUCUUACUUACAACAAUUUCUGUGCGAGCUGUAUAUUCCUAAAUGUAAUCCAUCUACACCCAACACUCCGAUCACAUUACCUUCCCGACAACUCUGUGAGAAGGCAAAACAAGGUUGCGAUUCAACAGCCUCAGAUUUGGGAUCUUCAUGGCCCGAGGGGCUAACAUGUGAUAAAUUUGGUAAUGACCCGACUUUAGAUGAGGAUGAGGAUGACGAGCAACCUUCAUCAACGUUUCAACUAAGCAUUAAAUAUUCCUCUAAUGCUAUAACCUUUGAAUCCUGCUGUCACGUGUAUUAUUAUUCACAAAAGACAUUCUUCUUGCCUUCGGAUGAAAACGUGAUGGUGAAAACAGCAGACGUUAAAUCGUCCAAUGAGCCUAAAGUCACGUGGAAGAGGGAAAGCGGAUCUAGACGAAAAGGUGAUUAUUCGACUUUGCUUAUGGUAACUGGUUACACGGAGUCUUCUAACAAACAAGACAACCAGCCUCAUAUUUACACCAACUGGAUGGUAGCUAACAUUGCUAACGGACAGGUCUCAAGUGGAAUAACAGUCAAAGAAUAUGAGGGUCCACAACCAACCCCUAACACUGACAAUAAAGUUUACUUCCUAUUAUAUCAUCACUCAAAAUCUCUAGAAAUCUCUUCAUUAGGAAAAUACAGCAAUCCGGAAAACUCAAGAUACCAGCUGGAUAUAGACGCCAUCUUGAAGGACAACAAAAUGGACUUAACAGCGUCAAAGUAUAUGUUAAUGGAGGUCGAUGAAUAUUCUCGGUUCAAAUCGAUUCAGGACUCACAUAGGCCCGAAUCUGAAGUUUGUAAAGGUGUAGUUGGAUACCCAAAACUAUGUGGAAAGACAUUACGAAAGAAUGUUCCUUUAACGAUCAACAGGAAGAGAUAGAUAAACAAUAUCUAAUGUAUAUAUUAACAUUUCAGUUGCGAGUGAUAUGAUCUGUGAUACUGGUAACUGUUUUGUGUCAUAUUGUUGAAAUUGAAAUAUAGUAUAAUU